AUGGCGCCCGCCUCGCCGAUGCUUUCUUCUUCCCGUAUGUAUUGGUCUGGAUCGUCUCCAGUUGGGGAACUAAAAAUAUAUGUUGAUCAUGUCAUAGACCGCUUACCGACUCUUUCUGCCUCUCAAGCUCUGUCAGCUUCUCAAUCCACUGACUCGAGAAUAAGCACGGGUUCGGGAGAGCUUGAUAUGGCGAUCGGUGGAGGUCUCUCGCGUGGAAAGAUCACCGAGCUAUGCGGACCCCCUGGUAGCGGAAAGACUACUGUUGGGUACAUCUCCAACCCCCCACUCUGCACCACCCACCACCCCAUCACUGCUCUUCCUGAUUGACCUCAACUGAAUGUCAUCGUGUACGCUAUGUCCCCAGAUUACAAUCCGCCGCGAAUGCCCUCCUCUCCGGAGACGGGAACCGUGUCGUCUGGAUAGACACCUCCCACCCUCUUCCCGUAUCCCGCUUGGGUGCUAUGCUCUCCCGCUCGGGCGAUCCUCGUGAGCUCUUCCCAAACCUGCAGACCAUUCGGGCGCCUACGCUUGCGCAUUUGCUCGCGUUGGUGGUGCAUCCCUUGCCCACCUUCCCACCCGAGAAUACGACUUUGGUAGUGAUUGACAACGUGUCGACGCCCUUCACCGCCGCCUUCCCCCCGGGGAUGGAAGAUGAAGGGGCUGGGGGCGGUGGGAGGGGGAAGAAGGAGCCCGUAGGUGUGAGGCGAUUUGCUAUCAUGGGGGAUUUGAUUUCUGCAUUGGGGAAGCUUGCUGGGUCGAAGGGUGUUGCUGUAUGUAUUUUGUCCGCCCCUGCGGAUUGGGCUGUUAACGGGGGGGUUUGAUGAUGCUAACGUUUUACUUCACGUAGGUACUACUAUUAAACCAAAUGACAACAAGGGUUAUACCUGGAGUCGGGGCGAUGCUCACACCCUCUGUCAGUUAGUACAUCCCUCCUAUUACCCCCCCCCAACAAUUCAAUAUGCUCCUACUAUACUUAUAACAACGCCAACAACAGGCUCACCCACAUGGAUAACAUCACUGAACUCCCGUUUACUAAUCCACUACAAUAAGACUUCCCCGUCACUCCUCGCGAACCCUGAUGAUAGCCUAGUCUCUCAGAUCCGUUACGUAACGAUUCUGAAAUCCAAUGGGGUGUUGCACAGCUCCGACUCGUCCUGGCCGGUGAAGCUUUUGCAAAUUCAAGAAACUGGCGUGGAUGAUGUUAGGCUUAUCUCCGAAGCUUCACCUGCGGCGCCGGUAAUGGGGGCAUACACUAGGAGGAAGAAACGGAAAAGGGGGCUUGAGGCGGGGGUUAUUCCCGGUAGCGAUGAGGAGGGCGACGGUGAGUCGGAGGAGAACGAGGAGGCGGGAUUGGCGGGUGAUAUGUAUCAGUGGGAGGAAGGAGCAGGGGGUGAUGACGUGGGCGCAGUGGUCAAAUGCUCUGCACAGGAUUCACGAGAGGGUCAGGAGUUCACUAAAUUUGGCGUAAAUGGUGAGCAAGGGGCCGCGAAUUGA